AAGACCCUCCCAGUGAAAGUGGCCGGACCCGGCAUGAGGCAGAGCAGUUUGGCUACGUUUUCUAGACUCUUGUUUUCCCAAGUGGGGGGCACGUUCCGGGUCCCUGCAGCACUUGCCUAUGGAGAAGCCGGUUGGAGGGGACACCAGUGGCAAUGAAUUAAUCAGAGUGAAUGUCAUUACCCUGUUUUGCCACCUAAACUCCUGCUUUUCCCCUCUCUCCCCGCCCUCUGUCCUGACAGCUGCUGCACUUGUCUUGGCUUUAGAUGCAGCUUUUGUGGAAGAUCUAGAUGACUCGUUUAAAGACAAUCGUAAAGAUGAUAUUUGGCUUGUAGAUUUCUAUGCACCUUGGUGUGGCCAUUGUAAGAAAUUGGAGCCGGUGUGGAAUGAAGUUGGUAUGGAGAUAAGAAGCAGUGGGUCUCCGGUAAAAGUUGGGAAGAUGGAUGCAACAUCUUAUUCUAGUAUUGCCUCUGAAUUUGGAGUUCGAGGUUAUCCAACAAUUAAGCUCUUAAAAGGUGACUUGGCAUACAACUAUAGAGGACCUAGGACCAAAGAUGAUAUAAUUGAAUUUGCUAAUAGAGUAGCAGGGCCUCUUAUCCGGCCAUUACCUAGCCAACAAAUGUUUGAACAUGUGCAAAAGAGGCAUCGUGUACUUUUUUUGUACGUUGGUGGGGAAUCUCCUUUAAAGGAGAAAUACAUAGAAGUUGCUUCAGAGCUAAUUGUCUAUACGUACUUUUUUUCUGCCUCAGAAGAGGUACUUUCUGAGUAUGUGACUCUGCCUGAAUUGCCUGCUGUUGUGGUCUUCAAAGAUGGAACUUACUUUGUGUAUGAUGGAGUGAAAGGUGGAAUUGCUGUUUUUGGAUGUCUGUUGCGCCUUUCUGGAUUUUUUUUUUAAAUAGAACAAAAUGUAGUGUAAUGAAAAUGGUAUUGAGCAGCGAUAAAUUAAGUAAAGGUGGAAGAUCCUGAAAUUUGGCUUUGCACUUUUUUCUUGUAUGUUCUCUUGCAUGUUACAACUAGAUUACUGGCAUGCCAGAUUAAUCUAAUAGUUCAGGUUCCUCACAACCCAAGAUUGAUAGUAGAGCUGAAGGGUUGAAUGAAGGAAAACAGCUAAAAUUGAAAAGUGGUUUGCCCUAUUAUGAAGAUUGAACACCACAUUGAUUAUUCAUAUUCAUAGUAUUCUUCAUUCUUUCAUACCCAAAUUCAUUUUUUCAUUGUCAUGUUAUUGAGACAUCUUUAAUUAGUUACUGUAUCUCUUUGACAGAAUUUGGAAGGAUGUCUUAAGGACAACUUCCCCGGGAGUUAUCUAAUAACUCGGCUCAUCCGCAAGGGAUGGUAUAUAAGGUAGUGACUCUCAAACCUGUAUCUGAUCACCGGGAGUGUCAAUUUUAGAUUUAUAUGGUGCGCAAAUAAAAACUGGAGACUUGGAUUUAACUGGAAACCACAAGACUAUAUUGUUAAAAACAAACAAAUUUAACAAGCAGUACCUCAAAUGAACAGAUGAGGGGGCAGUCCUCUUUUUACACUAAUGGACCAGGAAGGGAAGUCCCUCCAGGUCCCUAUACCUACAGAGUCUACGACGAUAGACGGUUGAUGCGGUGCUAGCGACCUGCGAUCUUCGGGCUAAUUGAAAGCCUUCAGGGAGGACAGCUAGGCGUCCCUCGUCGGCUGAUCUCGACGCUAGGCGACCUACAAUCCGUUGGCUAAUUAAAAGCUGCGGGAGAGGAACAGCCCAGGAGAUCCCUCGAAGCACGGAUGGAGGACGAAGACAGUCGGUUCACCUUCCGCAAAGUCCUCUGGUCCUCGCUGCCUCUUCUCUGCGCUUCGGUGCAGCCGGAUCAGACGAUGGAAGCUAGACUCUUUCCUAUCUAUCCUAACUAAACCUAAAGAUAAAACCCUAUCUAAACCCGACGAGCCCAACCAACAGAGGCGAUGACGGCCGACAGGCAGUGACCGACGCAACCUGACGUACAAACUCAAUGACGGGAGCUAUCCUAACUAGAUACUAUACUACCUAAACUACCUAAUAUAGAGAAGGUCUGACCUUCCGUCAGACUAUCUCUGUAAAAGACUAAAAUAGAAUAAAUUGAGAAUGCAUGACCUUCCAUCAGCUUAUCUAAAGGAAAAAGAUCCUUUACAAGACCUCACUCAUUCUAAAACCUAGGACAAGGGCAUCUAGAACCUUGCACUCUCUCUCUCUCUCCUAACCUACACCUAAACCCGACGCAGGCAGGUGACCCGACGCAACCGGUAACUGCUGCGUAGCAAAGCCCUUUUAUACUCAACACUCAUGAAUAUGCAUGAGGGUCUGAGGUUCAAAAUGAUUGGUUGGUAAAAAUGCUCUCAUAGCAUGGUUCGAAUUGAUUGGUUGAUGGAGGAUGCUAAUGAAUAUUCAUAAGUUAUUCUAAUUCUGACAGGCAGGUGAGUUGCUGUUUUUAAACUUUAACAGUUACACAUUCUGUCACGUCCACAGGUAUUUCAAAUGGAUGUCUAAGGAAAGUUCAAAGGUUUCAAAAUGGUGUUUCAGACUCCAUUUUGAGAUAUUGCAGAACUCCCUCAUAUUUUAAACUUUUAUACAUAUUAAGGAGUGUAUUGAUUCACAUAACACCAGUCCUAUACACUGUACAAAUCUUCACAAGGUGAAUUUACAUUAAAUAGCUUACAUUUGCAUUUAACCACUUGAUUUUGCUUAAACAUAGCCACUCCUGCCUUACAAAUUCUAUAGGUUAAUUUAUUAAUACAUAUUAGCAUCAUUUUAACUUAUUAUCAGGCUCAUCACUUCUUGCGUAUGGCAGUUUACAGCUAUUGUUCCCAUGUUUCUGCAGUGAUUUACUGUUAACUCCAAGUUUUACCAUUGAGCGACCUAGGCUGUGUCUAGACUGCAGGGUUUUUUCGGAAAAAAAAAU